CUGUGGCCAAAGCCGCGCUUGCUUCGAUCUCAUGAUGGAGAACUCGCUGAACGAAAUCAAGACCUCACCUUUAUCCACGGUUUCGUCCGCACUAACCUUCUAUCCUCCGCUCAAUCGGCGAUCCUCCGAGCGGCCUCCGGUAUCAUAAGUGGUCUGACAUACGCAGUUUCGACGGCCCCUGAAGAUUGCGCCGAGUAUAUGUGGCAUGGGAUAUUCAAUAGCACCAAAGGUGCAUUCGGCAGAGCCUCGGAGGCUUUGCCGAAGUUCCUUUAUUUAUAACGAGGCAGCGAAGAAGAAAGGUGCCUUCAAGUCCCCCCUUUUGAUCUUUCAAUGAGGUUCAGCACAUUCAUUGCCCUCACCGCUCUUUUUAUUCCUGCCUGCGCCUAUGGGGCGAUCUAUUCACUCUCCGAUGAGGUUUACGGCCCAGGCUUCUACAGCUUCUUUGAAUGGGAGGCGAUUGAGGACCCAACGCAUGGAAGAGUGACCUAUGUCGAUAAGCCAACUUCGAUUCAUCAAAACCUGACUUACGCUACCUCCGAUACGUUCAUCCUUCGAACGGAUUUCAAAACUGUGCUUGAUCCAAACGGUCCUGGGAGAAAUUCGGUCAGGAUUCGAUCAAAGAAGACGUACACUUCUCACGUUGCGGUCUUUGAUGUACGACACAUACCGCAAGGAUGCGGGACAUGGCCAGCUAUUUGGGAAACUCUUGAAGCGAACUGGCCAAAUGGUGGGGAAAUCGAUAUCAUGGAAGGUGUCAACGAUCAAGGAACAAAUCAAGCAACAUUACAUACAAGUCCUGACUGCCUGAUGCCAACUAGUCGUACGAUGGCAGGAACUCCUACCUACGACACAUGCGACGUGACGCUCAAUUUCAAUGCGGGAUGCGGCGUCAAGUUUCCAACGGCAUCCAGUUUUGGGCCAGCAUUCAAUACGAAUGGAGGUGGAUGGUAUGCCAUGGAACGAUCGCAGACUUACUUCAAAAUUUGGUUCUGGUCGAGGAACGACUGUGAUGUACCAUCGGAUGUAGCUCACGCACGUUCAUUCGUCAAUCCCGACGCAUGGGGAACGCCUACGGCGUACUUCCCCAACACCUUUUGCGACUUCUCGACCCAUUUUGAUCCGCAGAAUAUUAUUAUCAAUCUCACUCUAUGCGGGGACUGGGCUGGUUCUACCUAUAGUCAGGGCACUGGAUGCCCCUUGACCUGUGUUGACCACGUCAAUUACAAUGCGUCCGCUUUUACCGACGCGUACUUUGACUUCGCCUCGAUUCGU